AUGACUGAAAAUUAUUCACCUACCCUUGUCAAUGCAGAAAAUUUGGAAAUGAUAAACAAGAAGGGAUCAGAACAGGAAAAUAAAUUGAAAACUGAACGUAUGGAAGAAUCACCAGCACCGAACCCUGAAAUUGAAAAUAAGGAGUCUGACAGCUUGGGCCCAUUCACAAGUAUUCAAUCAGAUUUACCAAAGUCCGAAGAAAACGUUCCUGUUGAUUCAAACAAUGAAGUUUCCAAAAAUUCAUCUAUUGACAUUCCUGAAAGGGGUUCACCAAUUUUACCUGCGAUACCUCAGUCGUCGAAUGCUGAAAAUGACGCUAUUCGUGAAGAAAUCACUACUCAAAAUGAAGAAAAUGAACAAGAUAAUCUGUCUGAAGCAGAAACUGUAAUUUUUCAAGAGGAAGAGAACAAUAAUGCCAAUCAAGCUCCUUCGAUCCACGCACCCGGUACACAGCCCAACGUAAACAAAGAGGCUACGGAAGAACAAUCGGAAGAGUUUAGCUACAAAAAUAACAAUGAGGGUGCAUCUAAUGGGUUAUCUAAAGGAAAUCUAUCACAAAAUGAAAACACAAUAGCGGCAGAAGAAGCAGAUGCUGCCGAAAAAGAAGAGGAUGGUGAUGAAGAAGAAGACGAAGAAGAAAAAGAAAAUCCUAGGAAAAUUGAAGCACAAGAGUCUUUUGGUAGGAAAAGAAGGCGAGUUGCCGCUUCACGCGCCAGGUAUGGUGCGCGUGAUGGCCGAUCCAAACGAAAUUCAGCAAUUGAAGAUCAUGAAAGGGGUACCGAGCUGGACGGAGAGUCAGUUAUGGAAGGUCGGCAUGGGUUCGAACAACCUUCUGACCAGGAUGCCGAAAAAACAUUGAAGCGCAAAGAGGCAUUUGAAGCUUUAUCGGCUAUAGAAAAGGAAUUUGCAGUCCUACGGAAUCGCAUAUACGGAAAGAGACUUUUGAAGCUUGAAGAACAAGAAGAGUUAAUAAAAAAUAAAAGACAUCAACGAUUUAAUGCAUGCGUCGAGCUGAUUGUCGAACAUAGAGACAAUAGGAUUCAACGGGCUACCGAACUUCUCAACAAGCAGUUGACUUCUAUCCGAAAUAUGAUGAAUUUUGUAUAUUCACAAAGGCAUUAUCAGCUCCGUUUUGAUAAACGGAAGCUGAGACAAAUGUUAUCUGCGAGUGUUGCUGCCAAAUUUUAUCGUUUGCUGAAUAGACAACACUUAUCUUAUGAUCCCAUCGUUCAACUCCAAAAGCAGACUUCUUUCCGACAGAACGCUUUAAUUAAUAAACAAAGAUUAGAUUAUGAAACUGCUAUUCUUUGUGAAUUGGACAAUUUUGUCGGAUUUCCAGCUGCCCCCAUUAUUGAACAGGCUUCCAUGGAUGACAUACAGCAGGAUCUAACCGAUAUGGGUGAAUUGUAUAGCAACGAAAGGUAGAUACUUACAAGAGAAGCAUGUUUGUAUAUAACUUUCUUUCUUUUU